AUGCGCAGCUGGAGGGUGGAUGUUGAACUCCUGGAGGCUCUAUCAGCCUACGGCGUCGACUUGACCGCAAAGGACAAAACUGGGAAAAAUAUCUUGCACCACGGAGCUAUUCAUGGUACAACGAGCAAAGAGAUCCUUAACCUUGCCUGGGGAAUCAAUGUAGCUGUGAAUGACAGAGACAAGGAAGGCAAGUCUCCAUUUACAUAUGCAACAGAAGCAUUCAACAAAAAGCGGUUGCACACAGGAUUUGGCUCCCCAGAUAGAUGGAAACAUUCAUUGGGGAACUUCAAAAGCCUAGCUAGAACCGGUGGGUUUGAGCUUGAGUUCUAG